AUGCAAGUGCAACUCCCAAUAGCAGGGAAAGAAAUUGAAAAGCGACAACAUGCCUCGAGACAAAUCGAUGUCACCCUCAAACCGAAGAACCGAACACUCAUUAGGGUUCACUACUGUGGUUGGUCCUGCAACUCUUGCGCCGAUUACGAUAUGUCAUUUCGGGGAGGACGAGGUGGUGGGGGCGGUCGAGGAUUUCGUGGUAGUGGAAGAGGAGGUUUUCGAGGUGGUCGUGGUGGCGGUGGUGAUCGCGGCUACGAUCAGGGACCACCGGAAGAGGUUAUUGAAGUUGGAGAAUUCACACAUACGUGCGAAGAUGAUAUUGUUUGCAAAACCACUUGUGGAAAAAUUCCUUUCUUCAAUGCUCCUCUUUACUUCAAAGGUAAAGAAAAAGUGGGGAAAAUUGACGAAAUUUUUGGAAGUUUACUGGAUAAUGGUUUCUCUGUCACCUUGUCAGAUGGUGUUAAAGCUGCUUCGUUCAAGGUUGGACAGAAGCUCUAUAUCGAUCCAGCGAAACUCAUGCCUAUUGAAAGAUUUCUUCCGGGAGCUCCUCGCGGUGGACGUGGUCGGGGCGGGCGAGGCAGAGGAGGAGAUCGAUACCGUGGUGGCGAUCGUGGAGGUGUGAUUGUUGCUUAA